AUGGUCGACACGACGACGACGAUGACGACGAGCGACGCCGGCCCGUCGAGGCGGGCCGAGAUCUCGCCCGACAGCGUGACGCUGGGCAGUCGAGCGGAGAAGGAAAUCAACCUCCUCAUCGCCGACUACCUGUCCGACCGGCAUCCCCGCCUCGCGGACCUGCUGGCUACGGAGAUUGGGCCGGUGCGGGACGCUGCGGUGCGGGGCGAGAUUGAGGGCGUGGAGCGCGCGAUUCUGGACGGCGACUUCGGCGCCCUGGAACCGCUCCUCGCGUCCCCUGGUCUGCUGGGCCCGCAGACGCAAAAGGCGUUCCUGUACAUGUGCUGGCGGCAGCAGUUUCUCGAGUUUGUGGAUAACCGCGAAUCCCAGAAAGCCUUCAACCUCCUCCAGAAGCGCCUGAAACCCCUCGAGCACUACCAGCCUGUCCCGUACGACUUCUACUCGCUCGCGUACCUCUGCUCCGCAUCGACAGUACACGAUGCCCCAGGCUUCCGCGACUGGGCUGGGCCAGGCCCGGAGCGCGAGCGCCUCGUUGGCAUGUGGCGCGAGCUCACCGACGCCGAGAGCAAGAGCGCCGACUCGACCGAGCCGGCGACGACGCCGCCCGUCCCGCGCGACCGGCUCGUCACACUCCUCCGCCAGGCGGCUGCGUGGCAGAUCCAGGCGUCUGGCGCGCGGAGCAGAGGCCCGUGGGGCGUCACUUCGCUGCUCACCGACUACUCGCGCCCGUCGGUCCCCAGCCGCCUCGAGCGUCUAAUCACGGGCCACACUGCGAAUGUCAAGUGCGUCGACUUUGUCGGCGAGGCGAGCGGACUCGGCGUGUCGGGGAGCAGCGACGCAACACUGCACAUCUUCUCGAUCGACGACGGCGCCACGCGCCGCGUGCUCGCUGGCCACCAGUCGCGGAUAUGGGACGUGGCGUCGACGCAGAACGGCAGGUUCCUCGCGUCAGGCUCGGGAGACGGCACGGUGCGUAUCUGGUCGGCAAGCACCGGCGAGUGCGCGAGCGUCCUCACCGCCAUCGGAGGCGACGUCUACUCUGUCCGCUGGCAGCCCGGGCGCGAGGACCACGUCGUGUCGGCGUGCUACGACAAGAUUCUCAGAGCAUGGGACGUCGAGACCGGCAAACUGAUUCGCACAUUCUCCGGCCAUGCCCAAAGCACCCUCGCGGUUGCGUUUGAUUCCACCGGCAAGGUGAUUGCUUCGGGAUCCAAGGACAAGCAUAUUCGGCUCUGGGAUGCCGUUGGCGGUGUCUGCGUCCAAACAAUGACAACUCAUCUGGGCGAGGUAACGUCGGUAGAGUUCGAUCACGAAGGAAAGUACCUCCUAGCCGCAUGCAAGGACAACUCGAACCGGUUGUGGGACCUGCGCAUGCAACGUAACAUUUACAGGUACACUGGUCACCAAAACACGUCGAAAAACAUUAUCCGGGCGGGUUUCGCCUCGCCGUCAUCGAGCCUCAUUGCGAGCGGUUCCGAAGAUGGCCUAGUGUAUCUCUGGGAGCGCGAGGGCUCCCAGGGCGGCGAGGAGAGCAUGCGGACGUCGUCUAGCGCCUCGCCUGCGCUAUCGCCUCCACUGUACCAGGCGCAGCCACAGUUAUCGCUCGUGUCCCCUUCACCAGCGACUAUCCAGAGCCGAGGAGGCGGCGGCGCCUACAACCACCCGCCAAACUCUGCGGCCUAUUAUCCGCCACGUGUUCCAUCGCGGUCAACAAUCUCCGCUUCUGGGACACCAGCACCAACAACGGUUCGGCCGCUCAAGUCGCCCGCAGGGCACGGCCCCGGCGCCGUGUUUGACGUGCGGGCCCAGGCUGGGCUGCUGCUCUCGGCAGGCGAGGACGGGUCCGUCGGGGUAUGGGGUGAUGACGAGUAGUAGCCGUAACCGCACCUGCCUACCUCGUGUUGUUUGGUUGUGUUGGCAUGACAUAAUUUGCAUAAUCCCAA